AGAAGCUGUGUGGUGGCCGCUGGCUUCACCUCUGAUAAAUACCCUUGUCACCUAGUUCACCAGGACUUUUGACUCCCCUGGCCCCCUAUCAUCCUCUUCCUCACUUCCUCUCUCUAAUCUUCUUCACUCAAAUCGCUUUCUCCCUCUACAGUGUCUCCCAGAGCUUCUGCGCUCUCCCUCUAAUGGCAGACCUCAUGUCCUAAGAGGGAAAAAAAGAGAAAAAGAAAUACCCGCUCAUUCUCACUCUCUGCUUCACAAGAUGAAACCCCUCUCUCCCGCCAACUACCAUGGCUCUUACCUCCUCUUAUUCUCCCUAACUGUUCUCUCCCUCCAGCCUACUCCCUCCUCCUCUGGUCCUUCAGCUUUCUCGGACGAAACCCGCCAGCUUCUCACCUUCAAGAAUUCCCUCCCUGACCCCUCCUGCCUCCAAAACUGGCUCCCUGAUCACAAUCCCUGUUCCUUUGUUCGGGUUUCUUGCCGGGAUGCCCUCGUUUCUUCCGUAGACCUCAGCUUUAUCCCCUUGAACACUAAUUUCAGCCUUGUCUCUGCCUAUCUCCUCACCCUCGACCACCUGCAAGUUCUUAAUCUGCAGUCCACCAAUCUCUCCGGCACCAUUUCUUUCUCUCCUGGCUCCAGGUGUGGCGGCUCAUUGAGCUUCUUGGAUCUCUCUCAGAACAUUUUGUCUGGUCCCGUUUCGUCCUUGAACUCUUUGUCCUCUUGUUCGGCUCUGAAGUCUCUCAACCUUUCAAAUAAUCUCCUCGAAUUUUCGGGGGGAGAUUCGACUGGGUUGAGGCUCAGUCUCCAGGUCCUCGAUCUCUCUUACAACAAUAAGAUUUCGGGUCCCAACGUUCUCCCGUGGAUCUUAUCACAGGGUUGCGACGUCAUGAACCUCUUGGCUCUAAGGGGCAACAAAAUCACCGGGGAAAUGAACUUUUCGACUUGCAAGGCUUUGCAGCAUCUGGACCUUUCCUUUAACAAUUUCUCUCUCGCGGUUCCUUCUUUUGGUGAGUGUCUGGCUUUAGAGUACCUCGACAUCUCUGCUAAUAAGUUUUACGGUGACAUUGGUCACGCCCUCUCCAGUUGCAAGCAGCUCAGCUACUUGAACAUCUCCAGCAACGGGUUCUCCGGUCCUGUUCCUUCACUUCCAUCCGGUUCUUUACAGUUCUUAUAUCUCGCCGGCAACAACUUCCAGGGACAGAUUCCUGCUGGCCUUUCUGACUUGUGCCCCACCCUGGUAGUACUCGAUCUUUCCUCAAACAACCUUUCCGGCGUCCUUCCGAGCGAUUUCAGGGCUUGUUCUUCAUUGGAAUCUUUUGAUAUAUCCUACAACAAGUUCACCGGCGAACUUCCGAUUGAUUUUUUCGCAGAAUUGAGUGGCUUGAAGAGGCUUGUUCUUUCCUUUAAUGAUUUCACUGGUACCCUGCCUCAGACUCUGUCUCAGUUUUCGAAAUUGGAGUCGUUGGAUCUGAGCUCGAAUAACCUCACUGGCUCAAUUCCUGGAGGGCUCUGUGAAGAUCCGAGGAAUAAUUUGAAAGAAAUAUACCUGCAGAACAAUCUGUUGACGGGUUCUAUUCCACCCACACUCAGCAACUGUUCUCAGCUAGUGGCUUUGGAUUUGAGUUUCAACUACUUGACGGGGACUAUCCCUUCCAGCUUUGGGUCCCUCUCAAAACUCAAAGACUUGAUUCUUUGGCUUAACCAGCUCCAUGGAGAAAUACCCCAAGAGCUUAAGCACGUUAAGACUCUAGAGAAUUUGAUUCUGGACUUCAAUGAGCUGACUGGGACCAUUCCUUCUGGUUUAAGCAACUGCACAAGCAUGAAUUGGCUGUCCUUGUCUAAUAACAGGUUGAGCGGGGAGAUUCCGGCAUGGAUUGGUCAGCUUUCAAAUCUUGCGAUCUUGAAAUUGAGUAAUAACUCCUUCUCUGGGAGGAUCCCGCCGGAGCUUGGGGAUUGUCCAAGGUUGAUUUGGUUGGAUCUGAAUACUAAUUAUCUGAAUGGAUCAAUUCCUCCCGAGUUGUUUAAGCAGUCGGGCAAAAUUGAAGUUAAUUUCAUUAGUCGAAAGACAUAUGUUUAUAUCAAGACUGACGGUAGUAAGGAGUGUCAUGGAGCAGGAAAUUUGCUAGAGUUUGCCGGUAUCAGUCUGGAGCAGAUGAGCAGAAUUUCAUCCAGGAGCCCUUGCAACUUAACUAGCUUCACUAGAGUUUAUAAUGGUAAGGUCCGUCCCAAGUUUAAUCGUGGUUCUAUGAUAUUUUUGGACAUUUCCCAUAAUAUGUUGUCGGGUACUCUUCCCGAGGAGAUCGGGAGCAUGAACACUUUGUUUAUUUUGAACUUGGGAUACAACAAUUUAUGUGGGAACAUCCCACCGGAAUUUGGGGACAUGAAAAAUCUCAACAUUCUUGAUCUCUCCAACAAUAGGCUCGAAGGACAGAUUCCUCAAUCCUUGACAGGCAUUUCCAUGCUUACGGAAAUUGAUUUGUCAAACAACAAUCUCUCAGGAUUGAUUCCUGAAUCCGGUCAAUUUGAUACCUUUCCAGCAGCCAAAUUUGCAAAUAAUUCUGGUCUCUGUGGUGUCCCUCUUGCUUCAUGUGGAUCGGACUCAAGAUCAAGUGCAACUGCCCGGCACCAGAGGUCUAACCAGAGGCGAGCAUCUCUAGCAAGGAGUGUGUCCAUUGGUUUGCUGUUCGCCCUGUUUUGCAUUCUUGGUCUUAUUAUAAUCGCCUUCGAGGCAAGAAAGAGGAGGAAGAAGAAAGAGGCUGCCCUGGACGUCUACAUCGACAGUCCCUCUCACUCAGGCACAGCUAAUGCUGGCUGGAAGUUCAGUGCCCGCGAAGCUCUUAGCAUAAAUCUUGCAACUUUUGAGAAGCCCCUUCGGAAGCUUACUUUUGCGGAUCUUCUUGAAGCCACGAAUGGUUUCCACAACGACAGUCUUAUUGGUAAAGGUGGUUUUGGAGAUGUAUACAAGGCUCAGUUGAAAGAUGGGAGUGUAGUGGCGAUUAAGAAACUGAUUCAUAUCAGUGGACAAGGGGACAGGGAAUUCACUGCUGAAAUGGAAACUAUCGGGAAAAUUAAGCAUCGGAACCUUGUUCCCCUUCUCGGAUACUGCAAAGUUGGAGAAGAAAGACUCUUGGUUUAUGAAUACAUGAAAUAUGGAAGCCUCGAGGAUGUUUUGCACGAUCAGAAGAAAGCCGGGAUAAAGCUGAACUGGGCAGUCAGGAGGAAGAUUGCAAUGGGAGCUGCUAGGGGAUUGGCUUUUCUUCACCACAAUUGCAUUCCUCAUAUCAUUCACAGAGACAUGAAAUCAAGCAAUGUAUUGCUUGAUGGGAAUCUGGAAGCCAGAGUCUCCGAUUUUGGAAUGGCUAGGCUUAUGAGCGCCAUGGAUACCCAUUUAAGUGUCAGCACACUAGCAGGCACCCCUGGGUAUGUUCCUCCCGAGUACUACCAAAGCUUUAGAUGCUCUACUAAAGGUGACGUUUAUAGUUACGGUGUAGUUCUGUUGGAGCUACUUACAGGGAAACGACCCACGGAUUCAUCAGAUUUUGGUGAUAACAAUCUUGUGGGAUGGGUUAAACAGCAUGCUAAAUUAAAAAUAAGUGAUGUUUUUGACCCAGAGCUGAUGAAAGAGGAUCCGAGUCUUGAAAUUGAGCUUUUGCAACACUUGAGAGUAGCUUGUGCUUGUCUGGACGAUCGACCUUUUCGGCGUCCCACCAUGAUUCAAGUGAUUUCAAUGUUUAAGGAAAUCCAAGCAGGAUCUGGGAUGGAUUCCCAGUCUACCAUCACGAGUGAGGAUGGCGGUUUUGGCUCCAUGGAAAUGAGACUGAGCAUAAAAGAAAUCCCUGAACUAGGCAGCAGGCGAUAAUUCUUUGGGGAAAAGGACGAAAGAAGCAGUGGCUGAUGACAUCAGCUCCCCCGAAAGAAUUUUCCUUGGAAAAAGAGAAAACGAGUAAAAGUGGGAAAUGGGAAUUGCCUGUGUUUCUGCCCUUUGAUGUAAGUAAUAUUGUUUUUAUACAUAAACUGUUGCUCGAACUGAGAUAAAUUUUUAUUUUACAUAAACACAGACGGCUCCAGUUGUUUCCUUGCCGUCGUUGUUCUCUAGAUUUUGAAAGCAUCAUCGAUUCAAAUAAUGCCGAGAUGGGGCCCUGCAUCUUACGACCCCAGUGACGGUGACUAAGUGAACCAUCUUUUGGACCUUUGUUCAAGCCGUUUGAUAGAUUUGCUCGCCUCCCCGUUCAUUCAGCUACAUUUGCUCCAAUUUGCGAAAGGAUUUGUCAAAACAUGCCUUUAAAUGACUAGAACGCGGGUUUCUCGAUUAAGAAACUCAAUCCCUCCAUUCAUUCACGUUGUUUUUAGUUGGUAACCAUGGUUUGAUUAAAGCUCUUUGCCUGGAGGGAAUACACCGCUCCUCUUGCAGCAUUUUCCUUCUGCUGAUGGAUCAUCAUGUCUCCUUGACCAGUUUGCAUCCCUUCCAUCCCUCCGCUUGUUUAACCCUCUUUCCCAUGCCACUUCGUCCAAUUAAAGCAAUAAUCUAUGAUGUGGAUGGAUGGUACAUGUAUUUUCGUUAUUGAGCGUGUCCUUUUCUCUCAUUUGCCCCUCAAUAAAUUAACUGCAUGAAAAUUUGUCUCUCUGCCAGUUGAGAGACUAAUACGAGAUAGAUACCAAGCCUUGCACGACAGUGACUUCCGACAAGAGACCUCUCAACAGCAUUGGGAUGGUUAAUACCCAGUGCCGCACAAAUCAACAUUGUAGCGUUUUCACUGAGUAUCAGGAAUCUCAAAGACCAAAUAAACUCGUUUUCUGAUUCGGAAAAACGGGAGGAAGUGAGUGCAUCUUGUCUGUUUCCUGACUAUGUACGCUUAGCAUGUGAUCUGGUCAUCUGGAGUUCUGGACCUGGUGAAUUAUAUUAUUUGUUUCUCUGACUCGGACUGGGAAAAUGUGCGAUGUGGUGGCCACCGAAUUUUGACCCUUCUCGAUUAGCAUGUAGCUCUAUAAAUUAACAAUGAAGAAUCGUUUGCCUCACGCGGUGGCAAACAUUGUGUUAUAAA